UAUAGAAUCUGGAGAGACAUAUCGAAGCCUGCCUCUGAGGUGGACAUAACGUGAACCUAAAGGGAGAAUCUCGAAUUCGAAGCCAACGAUAAUUUGUACAAGUGUAUCGAGUAUAGGAGACAGUUCGCGGGUUCAACUGAGCAGCAAAUACGCAGCAAAUACAUCUAGACAUGGCAUCUAGUGAACCCGCAUAUGAUCCUAAGAGGACAGGAACAUGGCUCAUCUGCACAGCUUGCGGGACACAAUUUCCCACCGCAGACAGGCAAGAGUUGAGAACAUGCUUCAUCUGUGACGACCCACGUCAAUUCACGCCACCGACUGGUCAAGCUUUCACUACCCUUGACGAGAUUCGUGAAAAUACCAAAAAUAUAUGGACACCCUUCGAAGGUGACGGCAGGCUCACAUCUAUUCAUACGGAGCCCAAGAUAGCCAUUGGUCAGCGGGCCAUCCUCAUCAAAACUCCAAAUGGUAAUGUCCUUUGGGAUUGUCUCACUCUCAUUGAUGACGAGACUAUCAACAAGAUUAAAGAUUUAGGUGGUCUCAAAGCCAUCGUCAUCUCUCAUCCGCACUAUUACUCGACGCACGUAGAAUGGGCCCGUGCUUUCAACUGUCCCGUCUACCUAGCCGCCGAAGAUAAGCAAUGGACGACGCAGAGCUCAUCGCACCAGGUCUUUGUGGAGGAAACAGAGUUCGACUUACAGAUCGAUGGCAAGUCUUCCGGGGUCAAAGCUCUCAAGCUUGGCGGCCACUUCCCAGGAUCUUUUGUGGUGUUAUACGAGGAACAUCUACUCAUCGCCGACACGCUAGUUACAACACCCUCGGGACUAGGUAGCUGGGAAGCGGACGCCGUAGGGGUUGCGCGGGCUCGACCCGUGGGUUUGAAUAGCUAUUCAUUCAUGUGGAGUAUUCCGAACAUGAUCCCCUUGGCCCCCGAUGAGCUGCAGCGGAUGUGGAGUAUACUUAAGAAAUACAAUUUCAGCUCUACGCAUGGUGCGUUUCUCAAGAUGGAUAUUGUGAAGACCGUACCAGAGAUGAAGCGUAGGGUGCUGGAGAGCAUGCAGAUCCAGAUUAAGUAUAUGGGUUAUGACAACCAUGUACUUUUGAAGGAAACUACAUCAUAA